AUGCCCCAAGCAACAAAUGGGGGCAACUCACGCAUUGGAACCACGAACCCCCUCGACGAACUCCCAGACCCAAGAGGACCAAAUCAAGGAAGGCGCAAGUAUUUUGAAUGUGCCAACCACGAGCCUCGGGCUUCACGGUUGACACGUUGGGGCACUGUUCCGCCCCAUCCCACUAAUGAUCUGGGUUCGGUCAUGAGUCACCGACUCGACGGGUCCACCGACCCAAACCAAGAGGUGACCCGCGCGUCACCUCACAUUCCACAAGAAACCUGGACAGCUAGUGGAAGCUUCCAGGCAGGUGAGCCUGAUCACAAGGGGCCCACCCGAGCAUGGAGUAUAAAUGGGAGGGAACUACACCUCCCCAAAGGCCAAGGAAAUUGGAGCGACGCUCAGCAACUCUUCCAGCGCGACGCCCAGACCAUCACCCCGGAGGCUCUCGAGAGCGUGAAGGCCGCCAUAGCCAGCAGCGACGUCGACCACAAGACCGACGCGAAGCGGAAGGCAGUUCCCCGCCGUGCCGCUGGGCAGACGUGGGAGGAUCCCUCGCUGGCCGAGUGGCCGGAGAACGACCAUCGCUUGUUCUGCGGCGAUCUAGGGAACGAGGUGAACGACGACGUUUUGUCGAAGACGUUCACAAGAUUCCCUUCGUUUAACAUGGCGAGAGUUGUGAGGGACAAGCGAUCAGGGAAGACCAAAGGGUACGGAUUCGUGAGCUUUGCGGACCCUUCGGACCUCGCUGUGGCUCUGAAGGAGAUGAACGGGAAGUACGUUGGGAACAGGCCAAUCAAGCUAUGCAAGAGCAAGUGGAAGGAGAGGACCGAUUAUGAUGCUGUUGAUAAGCAGAAGAAGCACUCCAAGAAGAAGUUGAAGUCUUCCUCCAAGGUUGGCGUGUUGCAUUACUAAUUAAGGUAGACGUCGAAAAGAAAAAGAAAAAGUGUUUGCAUUGAAAUCCUAAUUUGAACUACUUGAUGUAGCUAUAUAUGUGAGUUGUUUUAGUUUAUGAAGGUUUUGAAAAUAACUCAUAUGUGGUCAAUGUUAAAUCCAUGUAAGUUGCUGAUGCGACCAAAUUGAACAACUUAGUUACCCACCUCAAGGCUCUGUGAACGUAAGAAUCGUUGAGGCUCUGUUUUUUAUAACAAGAAUUUAUGAAAGAAAUAUGCAAUCUGGAAACUAAAUAAGGAAAUAAGUUUCCAUUGUUUUUGAAACUUCUUUCAUAAUUCCUGAAAACAUGAAACCCAGAAUAAAAUCUGACUUUUUGUUGUUUCAA